GAGCUUUAAAGUGAAGCAUGUUCUCUGCACGGCAAAUAUCACUUGCAGUGAGGCGCCAUUUCCGUCCCAAUCUACAAUAUCAUCAUACGCAACGUAGUUUCUCAUGUACCUCUCGGUUACAAGCAGCAGAGCCUCAAGAUGACACUUUUCUCUCCAACUUCAAAAAUACACCAAUAUUCCGAAAGCUAGCUGACAAACCUGAGGCACUCAUUGCGCUGCGGGACUUUGCUGCUAUACUGAAAGAGCGCGGUAUUGAUCCAUCAUCCGGUCCACCGUCAACAACUCAAAUGUUACGACUGGCAGCCAACUCAGAGUUUAGAGAAGCAGCACAAAGAGUGGUAACAGAACUGAAAAAUGCUGGAGUAGACUUGACAUCUCAGGAUGCCAUGCAGGAGCUUAUGGGAGCUUAUAAAGGAUCAAAGCCUGGAGGAAACUGAUAAACAAUUCUCGUUGUUCAUGUUCUCAUAUUCUCAUACUGUCUUCAUAGAGUACUGUUGCUGUAAAGCCUGUAAUUCUUUAGUCAGAAAUCAAUCACGUGAUAUCUUCGGAUU